UUUUUUGUAUUAUACAGCUCAUUUUUAUCGCACGAAAAAAAGCAAAUCAUUGGGUUGGUGUGCACACGUUUCUUUUCCGGUGGGAAACUAGGCAGACAUGUUCCAAGCCUUGCGCAGAAAAACCCAUUUUUUUUUCGAUUUAUAAGCAUACAGAAAAAGAUAAUCGCCUAGUAUCGAUAAUUUAAUAACACGUACGCGUGACGUUAAACAGUCGAUACAUUAGUUGCGCUUCAACAGCCUAAAAAUAACCACGCAAAGCUGUCAUCAGAGAAGCAUGAGGUUGAUCAAAUGUGUUCUGCUAUUAAGUCAGCAGUAUUGAGUUUUAUUUAAGGUUUUGUUUUAAAUAUUAUUAGAUCAAGCAUGAAAUAACCUGUGGAAACUUCGUGUUUUGUCAUGGAUAGGGAAACCUUUCAUAACUGCUGCAGUUUGGUCGAAAUGCCCAGACAGAUCCAUCAGCAGCACUGCUCCUCGCACUUCAUUCAGUACAUAGAGAGAGAAAUAGCCUACUCCAAAUUCUUCAAAAACUACUUGAUCCCGAACCAACCCUGCAUGUUUUCCAAAAAAUUCACAGAAGACUGGAACUGCAGAAAAAAAUGGGUCACGGCUGACGGAAAACCUAACUUACAAAGACUUCUGCAAGAAUUUGAUGAGAGUCCUGUUCCUGUUGCAAACUGCAGUGCAAAAGAAUACAACUCCAACCCGAAGCAGAUCAUGCCUUUCAAGGAGUUUAUCCAGUACUGGAGAGAGUACAUUCAGAACGGGCAUUCGUCACCCAGAGGAUGUCUUUACUUAAAGGACUGGCAUAUGCAAAGGAACUUUCCUGAACAUAAUACAUACAAGACGCCAAUUUACUUCUCCUCUGAUUGGCUGAAUGAAUAUUGGGACACAAUUGAAGUGGAUGAUUAUCGGUUUGUCUACAUGGGACCUAAGGGGUCAUGGACACCUUUCCAUGCAGACGUGUUUCGCUCUUACAGUUGGUCUGCCAACAUCUGUGGACGUAAGAAAUGGCUCCUGUACCCUCCAGGCCAAGAGGAGUUUCUUCGGGACUGUCACGGCAACUUGGCCUAUGACGUAACAGCACCCGUACUUCAAGACAAGGGUCUGUAUCCACAGUUUGAAGAGGCCUGUCAGCCUUUAGAGAUCAUUCAAGAGGCUGGAGAGAUCAUCUUUGUACCUAGUGGUUGGCAUCAUCAAGUUUACAAUUUGGAGGAUACCAUUUCCAUCAAUCAUAACUGGCUGAAUGGCUGUAAUUUGGAUAUCAUGUGGCAGUUUCUGCAAGAAGAACUUUCUUCUGUCCAGAGAGAAAUCGAGGAAUGGCGUGAUACUAUGGAUAGCUGGCAUCAGCAUUGUCAGGUGAUCAUGAAAUCUUGUACAGGAAUCGAUUUUGGGGAGUUUGCCUCUUUCCUUAAGACUAUUUCAAAUAACCGAAUGUCCUUUUUAAAUUCAUGUCCCAGAAAUGCAGAUAAUAUCCAAGACCACCUUGCCGAAAGUCUGUUUGCUUUAGGCCCUCAGCAUGUGGCCUUUGACCUUCAGAGAGUAUUGCAUAUAUUUGAGAGCAUGCUUAGCAACGAAGACUUUAAGAGACUUGAACCUUCAGCUCUGAGCUUCAAACCUGAGGAACUGCUUCAGGAGAUCAGAGAGGCUGUUCGAACCAUUGUAUAAAAGCUAUACUGCAUGUGGGAGAUCAGCUAAUAAACAACAUAUUUGUGUUA